AUGCUCGCUAAAGAAUCUGUCGAAAAAUCAUUUACGCAUAAUGCUUCGUCUGAUCUAUCGAAUCGUCAUUUACUUAUACUUUAUGGUAGCCAGACAGGUUGCGCCCAAGACAUUGCAGAAAGAAUUUAUAGACAAGCACGAAGGCGUCAUUUCAAAACUAGAGUUUAUCCAAUGGAUGAUUAUGAGAGGGAAAAUUUGAUAAAUGAACGUCUGGUCAUUUUUAUAUGCUCAACAACAGGUCAAGGUGACGAGCCGAGCAAUAUGAGAAAAUUUUGGAAAUAUUUAUUGAGGAAAAACCUUCCAAAUGAUAUUUUAAAUCAAAUGAAUUUCGCCGUUUUUGGUCUUGGUGAUUCUUCAUACGUAAGGUAUAAUUGGCCUGCCAAAAAGCUUUUUAAGCGUCUUUUGCAAUUGGGUGCUCAGAGUAUACUUCCACGAGGAGAUGGGGAUGAUCAACAUUAUCUUGGCAUAGAUGGAACCCUUGAUCCAUGGUUAAAAAACUUGUGGGAAAUUAUAAUGGAAAAUUAUCCAUUGACGCCGAAUCUAGAAGCUUUGUCUGAUGAUAUCUUAUUAUAUCCUUUAGUAUCAAUUAAAAUAUUUCGCAUUGAAUUUGUUAAUCAAAAAUUUGAUGAAAACAAGGAAAAAACUAGUAAUGGUGAAAUCUACGUGCGUUUAGUUAAGAAUGAACGUGUAACAGCGCAUGAUCAUUUUCAAGAUGUUCGUCAUAUAGAAUUAGACGUCGAUGGUGCUGAAUUUAAGUAUGUUCCUGGUGAUGUUGCAGUCAUCCGUCCAAAAAAUUUGUCCGAAGAAGUGAAUGAAGUUAUCAAAAUGAUGGAUUUAUCUAAUAUUGCAGAUGACGCUUUUGUUCUUAUACCAAAUGAUGAAGAUCAUAAAAUCCCUACUCACUGGAAUUUUCCUUUAACGCUGAGAAAAUUGUUUGAAGAUUAUCUGGAUAUUUUUAGCACACCUCGCCGAUCAUUCUUUGAAUUUUUAAAGUUUUUCGUUACAAACGAAGACCAUAUAGAAAAAUUAAAAGAGUUUUGUUCUGCAGAGGGUCAAGAUGACUUAUACGCGUAUAAUCAACGUGUUCGGCGUACGAUUUCUGAAGUUCUUCAAGAUUUUUCUUCUGCUGAAAUUCCUUUAGAAUAUAUAAUUGAUAUGUUUCCAGAAAUACAGCCUCGACAAUUUUCAAUAUCUUCUUCUUUAAAAGCUCAUCCAGGACAGAUUCAUUUAACUGUUGCUAUAGUAAAAUAUAAAACUAAAUUGCAAAAACCAAGAGAAGGGAUUCAAAAAUUGCGUCAGUUUCAUCAUGAAAGAGGAACGAUGGGAUUGCCAGCUUCAACUUCUACCCCAAUUAUUCUUAUUGGACCAGUUAUGCGCGCUUUCUUGGAGGAACGCAUAUAUGAGGGGGCGACAGAAAAUUAUUUGUUUUUUGGAUGCAGAUAUCAGGAUAAAGAUUACUAUUAUAAAGAUCAGUGGAAACAAUACGUUGAUGAAGGACAAUUAAGAGUGUUUGUAGCCUUCUCCAGAGAUCAGGAUAAAAAAGUGUAUGUACAAGAUAUUCUAAAAGAAAAUGCACAAUUGGUAUGGGAUAUUGUACAUGAAAGAGAGGGAUAUAUAUAUAUAUCAGGGAAGUCUGAUAAUAUGCCCACAGAUGUUAUGGAUGCUUUUAAAUAUAUUUUUAUAUCUGAAGGUGGAAUGAGUGAAGUGGAUGCAGGAAAAUAUAUUAAAACACUAGAAAUGUCAAGAAGAUAUCAACAGGAAGUUUGGUGA